AUGGCCGGCCGGGCGCGCCGCUCGCUGCUGGCGGCGCCCGCGGGCCUGCUGCUGCUGCUAGGCCUGCUGUGGCCGAGGGAGGCUCGCUGUGGCUACCACGAGAAGCGGCUGCUACACCAUCUGUUAGACCACUACAACGUGCUGGAGCGGCCCGUGGUUAACGAGAGCGAUCCGCUCCAGCUCUCCUUCGGCCUCACGCUCAUGCAGAUCAUAGACGUGGAUGAAAAGAACCAGCUACUUAUAACUAACAUCUGGCUUAAACUAGAAUGGAAUGAUAUGAACUUAAGAUGGAACACUUCAGACUUCGGCGGAGUCAAAGAUUUAAGAGUUCCGCCACAUAGAUUAUGGAAACCAGAUGUUCUUAUGUACAACAGUGCAGAUGAAGGCUUCGACAGUACUUACCCCACCAACGUGGUUGUGCGAAACAACGGCUCAUGUCUAUACGUACCACCUGGAAUAUUUAAAAGUACUUGUAAAAUAGAUAUCACCUGGUUUCCUUUCGACGAUCAAAGAUGUGAAAUGAAGUUUGGAAGCUGGACUUACGAUGGUUACCAACUGGAUCUUCAACUACAAGACGAAGGAGGUGGAGAUAUAAGUAGUUUUGUUACAAAUGGAGAAUGGGAACUUAUAGGAGUACCAGGGAAGCGUAACGAAAUAUACUAUAACUGUUGUCCCGAGCCGUACAUCGAUAUAACGUUCGCGGUGGUAAUUCGGCGAAAAACUUUAUACUACUUUUUCAAUCUUAUCGUACCAUGCGUGCUCAUUGCCUCAAUGGCAUUACUGGGUUUUACUUUACCACCGGACUCCGGAGAAAAGCUUUCAUUAGGUGUUACAAUUCUGCUGUCCCUAACUGUGUUUCUGAAUAUGGUAGCGGAAACCAUGCCAGCGACAUCAGAUGCUGUUCCACUAUUGGGCACAUAUUUUAAUUGCAUUAUGUUUAUGGUGGCUUCUUCGGUCGUAUCCACGAUACUUAUUCUUAAUUACCACCACCGACACUCAGAUACACACGUGAUGAGCGACUGGAUCCGAUGUGUAUUCCUCUACUGGCUGCCUUGGAUCCUUCGUAUGUCACGACCAGGAGACGCGGCCACGCCGCCACCCGCUCGCGCCCCUCCUCCUCCAGAUCUGGAAUUGCGCGAGCGUUCUUCGAAAUCGCUACUAGCUAACGUGCUCGACAUCGACGACGACUUUCGACAUACCCACGCGCAGCAGCCGCCUUGCUGCCGAUACUACAGGUCCCUCGACGAUCUACACGAACACUACUCGCCGAGUGGCGAAGAAAAUGGCGCGGGUCUAGCGGCGCAUAGCUGCUUCGGUGUCGACUACGAGCUCUCUCUCAUACUUAAAGAGCUUCGAGUCAUCACAGAUCAGAUGCGCAAGCAAGACGAAGAUGCGGACAUUUCGCGCGACUGGAAAUUCGCUGCCAUGGUCGUGGACAGACUGUGCCUUAUUAUCUUUACCCUGUUCACAAUCAUUGCCACGCUAGCCGUGCUACUGUCCGCACCCCACAUCAUGGUGUCGUAGCGACCCGCCCGCUUGCGGCUACGCAUGCGUAACGUUCUGUGAUACCGCGAAUAUAAAUUAAGUUGUGAUGUGUGAAGAGGUUUGGGCGCCGACGCUGCGACGUUGGAGUUGCCGCCGCUUGCCUCGUCGCCCACGCCCCCCUAUAGUGAUAAGUUACCGCUGACUGCCAUCCCUGUGCAUGAACCAAAUACUGCCUAUUCUGUCUCUUGUCCUUUUAUCUUUGAGGCCUCUCUUUCAGCGGCUUAGUCUUUGCUCUUCCAAAAAUUAACGACUGAUAAAUUUACUUAGAGACGCUAUAACAUCUUGUCUCAUACAGUCACUAUUAAUAUGCAAGUCAAAACAUUAAUUUUCAGUUAAAAUAAAUUGUAUUAAGCGUUGGUACAUUUUUCGUAAGAAAAAUAGUAUUAAAAUGACCAACAUUGCAAUAAUGUGGUAUGACACUGGCACUUGACCGGGCUUAUUAUAGUAAUCCACGCUAGAAUAGUCGCCAUUUUGGUCUAGAAUUUAUGAUUGUGGUUAAUUCUGAAAUUUGUAGCACAAAAACGUCUUCCUUCUUACCGUUGAACGACCUGUCGCAUUUAAAAUUUAAACUCUGUUAGAUCUUUCUCAAAUCUUAAAAUUUAUGUACAGUUUAGGAUUUGGGCAGUGGAGCAAUCGCCCUUUGUUUCCUUCUUGUUCGAUUCCGUGAAUCGUGGUUAUGAUCCCUAACUUUAUUUUCAGAUGUAUUUGAGUCAGUAGCUAGUAUAGAACUUUACAAACAAUGUUGAUUCAAUUGGUACAGGUUGUGAUAUGCCUCGUUGUGAACGGGUCGAUAUUGUUAUAAAUGGUAAAAUAUCCAAAGCUAUAGCUUAAUAAAACGUUCGUUAAAAGUUGUAGUUAAAGUAUUAUUUUAUUAAAAUCAUACUUUGGUCUUUCGGAAUAACUUAUACAAAUAAUUACAUUAUUACAUUACAUGGUGAUAUCACGUUUGUACCUUGUACUUCUAUCGAUACAAUCAUAACACUGAAACGAUGUAGCUUUUUAAAGCUUCUCAGUUAAAAAGUAUACAAAAGAGUAUAUAUCCAUACUUUAAAAUAGACAAUGAACAAUGGAUUCAUAUCUCACAUUAUUUUGAUCACUCUUUAAGGUUAUCUACAAAAAAUCAGAAUAUAUCCGUUUGUGAUUUUUAUUAUACUGAGAUGUCUUUAUACCAGCGACAGAAAAAUAACAAACAUCGAUUUUUUACAAAUCUCAAUUAUUAAGUUACCUCUCAAAAAUUAAGGCCCUAAAACCAGUCGAUUUGAUAGAAUCACUGUAAGUUAAUUUAUUAUAUCAUGUCAUCCAAUUUAUAUCAAUCAUUUAAUGUCUUACUUAUUACUAUUAUUUUCGAAAACAUUGUACACCUCCUAAAAGGAAAACAUAAAACGAAUUGCUGGAGCUGCGCGGAUACACUCAUAAACCGUGUCGAAUGUACCCUCGCAGUCCUCCUUUAGAUGAUGUUUUCCUUGUCUGAGGUUAUGCUUUUUAAUAAUCAGAGACGUUCCUUUGGAAGUUGCGGAGCGGAUGUGAUUAUUCGCCAGUGUUUUCUAAAUUACCUUAAUUUAUUUAUUGUUAUACGACCUGAUCUCCUCAAUCUUAUGGUCGUGGAGUGCCGUGCGGAGGAUAAGGCGCAUUAUUUAUCUCAUUGUUGGUUGCAGUAACUAUCUUUGUACUGGAUAGUGCAGUAAUGCGCCGCAUCCACGUCGGCGUUGGGACGAUGUUUGUCCCCGUAAUUUGUUCAAUUGUUAGGGUUAAUACUCUGAAUUGCACUUUGUUUAUUAAAUAUAAACGAAUGAAAA